AUGAGCAACAGGAAAGACAGGCAGAGCCAUGGAACCAAGGCAGAUAAAGGAACCAAGGCAGACAAAGGAACCAAGGUAGAUAAAGGAACCAAGGUCGAUAAAGGAACCAAGGUCGAUAAAGGAACCAAGGUAGAUAAAGGAACCAAGGUAGAUAAAGGAACCAAGGUCGAUAAAGGAACCAAGGCAGAUAAAGGAACCAAGGUAGAUAAAGGAACCAAGGUCGAUAAAGGAACCAAGGUAGAUAAAGGAACCAAGGCAGAUAAAGGAACCAAGGCAGAUAAAGGAACCAAGGCAAAUAAAGGAACCAAGGCAGAUAAAGGAACCAAGGUAGACAAAGGAACCAAGGCAGAUAAAGGAACCAAGGUAGAUAAGGGAACCAAGGCAGAUAAAGGAACCAAGACAGAUAAAGGAACCAAGACAGAUAAAGGAACCAAGGCAGAUAAAGGAACCAAGGCAGAUAAAGGAACCAAGGUAGAUAAAGGAACCAAGGUAGAUAAAGGAACCAAGGCAGAUAAAGGAACCAAGGCAGAUAAAGGAACCAAGGCAGAUAAAGGGACCAAGGUAGAUAAAGGAACCAAGGUAGAUAAAGGAACCAAGGUAGAUAAAGGAACCAAGGCAGAUAAAGGAACCAAGGCAGAUAAAGGAACCAAGGCAGAUAAAGGAACCAAGGUAGAUAAAGGAACCAAGGCAGAUAAAGGAACCAAGGUAGAUAAAGGAACCAAGGCAGAUAAAGGAACCAAGGCAGAUAAAGGAACCAAUGUAGAUAAAGGAACCAAGGCAGAUAAAGGAACCAAGGUAGAUAAAGGAACCAAGGUAGAUAAAGGAACCAAGGCAGAUAAAGGAACCAAGGCAGAUAAAGGAACCAAGGCAGAUAAAGAAACCAAGGUAGAUAAAGGAACCAAGGUAGAUAAAGGAACCAAGGCAGAUAAAGGAACCAACGUAGAUAAAGGAACCAAGGUAGAUAAAGGAACCAAGGCAGAUAAAGGAACCAAGGUAGAUAAAGGAACCAAGGCAGAUAAAGGAACCAAGGCAGAUAAAGGAACCAAGGUAGAUAAAGGAACCAAGGCAGAUAAAGGAACCAAGGCAGAUAAAGGAACCAAGGUAGAUAAAGGAACCAAGGCAGAUAAAGGAACCAAGGUAGAUAAAGGAACCAAGGUUGACCGACUGCAUGGUGACAAUUUUGAUCAAGUCAAACACGGCUAUAGAGAACAAACUUAUGUUGAUAGAAGUAUUGAGUCCCUGUUUAAUGAAUACCCAGACAUUGAAGAAGUUGGUAACAAUACCAAACAAGCCGAUGAAAAAACACAGCAAGCCAUGGUUCACAAAAAUAAUUAUUUCACUGGCGAAAUCGGAGAGUCCCGAGAAAUCAGAAUAGCCACACUCAAACCUGCCCAGCCAACGAGUAGCAGCAUUCAGAAGGCUAUGUCAGAUAUGCUUCCAUUAAAGCCUCGUCCACUCCCCGUAUUGGAAUUGGAAGAACAUAGAGAAAACACAGGAAUAGCAGAGCACAUGAUGGAGCAUUUGUCCACAUAG